UGGCGCGGCCCUGACUCCCCUGAGAGGCUGAAAAGGGAGCCCCCCCAUCCCCCCCCCCCCCCCGGUUAGCGGGCCGCCGCCGCCGCCGCCGCCAUGUCUCGCUUCUCCGUGCCCACCUCUUCCAAGUCGCUGGCAUGGCGGGACCUGACGGAGGGAGCGGGCCGGCAGCACUCGUGGAUGUCCGCCCCGUUCGUCACCUUCUCCUCCAUUCUCGCCCGCCCCGACGACGACCUCCCCAAGGAGCUGGAGGAGGCGGAGCGGCCCGGCUUCGUCUCCGAGGAGGAGGAGGAGGAGGAGGGCGAGGAGGAGUCCACCGAGUCCGAGCCGGAGCCCGAACCCAUGGAGGAGGAAUUUGAUGGCGUGCUGGAUGAAGACACUGUUUCGGAGGCCUUGCACAACCUGGGCCAAUCAGCCCCUGGCACGGAGUUUGUCUACCUCAAUCUCUCACUUACCGACCGCUUGCUGAGCAACGUGAGCAUCCUCUCCAAAUACGUUCACCUCGAGAAGCUGGAUCUUUCCCACAAUAGAAUCAACGGUAUGAGGUCCACUUCUUUCAAUUCCUUGGUCGUAAAACCAUUUCAGAUUACGGAGAAGGGGGAAUGCAGCCAACCGGGGCAGUUCUCUUAUUACAAAAAGCAAUUCACGAAAUCAAACCAGAUAGAAAAAGCCGUGGGCUUGGAAGAGCUCAAAGCCCUGAGGACCUUGGAUUUGUCCGGCAAUCAGAUUAGUAGUUUGGAAGGUCUGGAGGAUCACAAUUUACUGGAGGAGAUCAAUCUGGAGGACAACCAGAUCAGCGAGCUGGGGGAACUGGAAUACAUUGAAGACCUCCCUCUCCUCAGGACACUUAAUUUGUUAGACAAUCCAGUACAGCAACAGCCCGAUUAUUGGCUCCUGGUCAUUUUCAUGCUGCCCCGACUGACGGAGCUGGACCACAAGAAAAUCACCGUGGAAGAAAAGGUUGCAGCUGUGAACAAGUACGACCCUCCUCCCGAAGUGGUGGCGGCUCAGGACCACAUGACCCACAUCAUGUACAGCAUGAUGCAGCCGCAGCGGAUCUACGACAGCACUCUGCCUAGCCAGGAUGCCCCCUACCCCAUGCUGGUGCUGACCGGCCCGCUGGCGUGCUGGAAACGAGAACUUUGCCACAGGCUCUGCAGGAAGUUCAACAACUAUUUCAGAUACGGUCCGUGCCACACCACAAGGCCGGCUUACUUUGGAGAAGAAAAUCGCCUGGAUUACUAUUUUGUGUCCGAGGAGGAGUUUGAUAAGAUGUCGUACAUGGGGAAAUUUAUUGCGACUUUUAAAUAUAACAGCUUUCGGUACGGGCUGGGCCGAGAUACUAUUGAUUCUAUUGCCCGGGAAGGGCUGGCGACCUGCGUUCACAUGGAAAUAGAGGGGGUGAGAAGCCUGAAGAAUUCCUACUUCGAACCCCGCUACAUCCUGUUGAUCCCCGUGAACAAAGAAAGAUACGGGGGUCACCUGCGAAGGAUGGGCCUCUUCAGCAGACCGGAGAUCGAGAAAGCCAUCCAGAGGGUGGACAUGUACUACAAACUGAACCAGGAUUACCCAGGUUUCUUUGAUGCAGUGAUCGAUGUAGAUGACUACGAUGAAGCGUUCGCCAAGCUAGUCCGCCUCAUCGAGGAAUACCUGGGGCUAGUGAAACCUCCGGAGUCGGAAGUGACGGUUCCAGCAGCAGCUCCUGAGAAAACGACGGAUAAGAAAAUGGCAGCCAUCGUCAAGGGCGCUACUGUCGUCCCAGGGCCUGCCACCAAUGAAUUCUUGGACUCAUCAGCCAGAAAUCACAUGGCCAGAAUAUCAGCCAAACUUUCAGAAGAGAAAACAGCAGUGGAAGAGGCCUCUCUGCAAAGGCGGCAAGAAAUGGCUCGGCUGGGACUGAUGGGGAGAGUGUCCAGCAGCUACUGUCAUCUCUUUCCAAGGGAUGAAGCCAGUAUCACAACCGUAGCCAGCACAUACCCCCAGUAUCUGGAGCCCACCGCUUACGGCGGCCGCUGCAGCAUCGCUGCACAGGGUGCCGGCUCCCUGGACCGCAGUAGCCAGAGAUCGAGUGAAGUCAGAAACCUUUCGUGCUCCAGAGAAUCGCGAGGUUCAGCUCGAUUGUCACUGAUCACCUCGGCUAGACUAAUUAUGUCCAUGAGGUCUUCGAGCAGGAGAUCCGUCUCCCCUGCUUCGCUGGGUGAUGGGGCCGAAGGUGACCAUGUGGACAAGAAAGAGCAAGACGCUUCUCCUGAGGUCAAAGAGAAAAAGACGCUGAAAUCUAAGUCUUCCUCCCCGCAUAUUCCCCACGUCACAAUCCGGCCGGGGUCUAACACCAAAGCGGUGCUCCCUCCCAUCCCGUCGGGACGGAAAAAACACAACUCGUGAGGGCGAAGCGGCGUCUUUUCCCCGCUGCUGCCUCGUGCUGAGUUCCCCCCCCCUUUGCUCUGUCCCCCUCCACGAAAAACCUGCACAGAGUUUUCCGUUUCUGAUGGCUCAGUGCUGAUUCCUCUCCUCUGAAACACGGGAUCUUUAGCCGCCGGGGAUGUCUCGCGAGCGGAACAGGCCACGCAUAAGGGGCACAGAAUCCCUCGGGGGCCGGGAAGAAUGCGCCGCUCCUCACAAAAAUCCAGAUCUUUGCUUUUCUCGCUAGCUCGAAAUUGUUUGUUUUCCCUCCUUUGGAAAUGUCGGAGCCGCUCUUUAGCCGGUUGUGGGUUUGCUGUAGCUGUUUGAAGGCCUUGGGCACCGAAGGUGUAUUGUAUUGAAGGAGUAUUGAAGGCCUUGGGCUCCUAAGGCUGACGUGUAUUGUACAGACGGAUGGAUUUUUCUAGUGCUGUAUUUUCCCUGCAAGAUGAAAUAGGUUAUUGUUUUCCUAUAAAAUAACAAAAUAGCCCA